CCGGACACAACUAUAUAUAGAAAAUUUUGUGUCGGUCAGAUACAUGCUGCGGUAGGAUUCCACUAGGGGAUUCUAGUGUAGACACUAUCUGUCUAACUAAUGAGUGGGUCAGAUCCUGUUGAUGAUAGAGCUGACAACAGGAGACUAACACGUGCACGGGCACUAAGGGUACCGCACGUGUUUCAGGCCUUGGAGCCGGGAGAAGAAAGAAGGAUACGUAGAGCCCGUGCGCUAGCAGCGGGGAUAGCAGAAGCAAACGGAGCAGCAAGAGAGCAGGCAACAGCAGCCAGAGCAGCUGCGAUGGCUAACGGCGCAAGCUCUGCUGCGUCAUCAUCUGCGUCCUCGUCAGGGACUAAUGGGAGCUCGUUGGGAAUGCCAACGAGUUCCACAAGUUCCUCAGGCACUUCCGGUUCCACAGGUUCUAGACAGUCUUCAAGUCAAAUGGCAGGCUCGCAGAUGAACUGUGAAUAUCAAUGUGCCACAUCAGCAGUGCCACGUAAGCAGCAUUGCCACGUCAGCAACAUGACGGGCCUGCCAGGCCAACUGGCCAAUGAGACCAUUGCCGCCUACAAGCAGCGUUGCCUGGCUCAGAUAGAGGCUGAGGAACAACGCCUGCUGGCAGUCGAGGCUGCCCGCAUACAAGCUGAAGAGGCAGCAGCAGCAGAGAAACUGCGGCUACAGGCCGAUGCAGAAGCAGAUGCCCAGGCUCGCCGAAAGGAAGCCCAGGAUCUGCUGCAGCGGCAUGAAGCCAACAGCAUCGACAGACUCAGGUUCUGGCACUUUGAACCGAACGGCGACGAGGCAACACCGGAAGAGAAGCACAAGGAGUUCCUCUCCAAACUCGUGACAAGGUUGUUGUACGCUUGCAACUACCAACGGUCAGAGUUGGAAAGACAGUACCAGGACCUGACGCAACAGCAUCAGGAGUUGGCAAAGCUCCGCCGCAUAGUGCAGAGCCACGAGGAUGCAACUCGGGCACUCAACUCCCGAUUACUGGACCUGGAACAGGCUGUACCAGGACCAGCUGUUGGGGCUUCCAGCAGUGCAUUCUCUAGCCGCCAACUGGAGGACCGCGUUGACCAUGUAGUCGCAAUGCUCGGCGACAUCAGCACGUUUGCUGCGCCGACCACCACCAUCAGCAGUCAGCUGCAUACAUUGAAGACCGAGGUCCAGAAGCUGCAGUCGACGAAUGCGGAAGACAAUCCGAAGAUGUACAAGAUGCCAACUUUCAACCUGGAGAGGUUCGACGACUACACGCAGCAGGAUCCCGUCCUCUGGUGGGAAGCAUUCACAACGCAACUCCGGAUUCUGCCAGUAGCCAAGCAUGCGUACAUCGACGCCUUGUUCCUGAACUCAAAGGGCGGAUGCCAGACCUGGUUGAGCCACCUGGCAACCUCCCACGGCGUCGACGUACCAGACUUGAAGGACGUAAUCACAUGGGAGGAACUAACACGGUUGUGGAAGAAGCGGUUCAUCGUCGACGACGCGCCAGCACUCGCCAUUAACCUGCGUGCUGAGGUUGAUGUGGAUCGCAACGAGGCACAAACUUUGCCGCCAAUGUCGGUAGAGGCUGUCGCACUGCUUCGCAAGAAAUUCCGAAUAAGGGGGCGUGAGUGCUUUGCAUGUGCUCCCACCGGAUCUGGGAAGACUGUCGCAUUCCUGUUGCCCAUCCUCAUGCGUCUGAAGGUGCCCACAGGCGAGUUGCGUGCAAUUGUCCUGAGCCCAACCAGAGAACUGGCUCUUCAGAUACACAGAGAGGUGAAAAAGUUGACCCGAGGGAGAAAGUUCCGAGUUCGCAUCAUGACGAAGACAACUGCACGCUGCAUGGAUUUCAAGUCAACCCCUUGUGAUAUUCUGAUCUCUACGCCUCUUCGUCUUGCAAACCUUAUCACUGAAGACAAGAUUGACCUUAGCAGCGUCGUUCAUCUUGUUCUGGAUGAGUCAGAUAAGUUGUUUGAUAUGGGCUUCAUGGAGCAAGUAGAUCGCAUCCUUGAGGCAUGUACAAAUACAAACCUGCAGCGAUCAUUAUUCAGUGCUACCCUCCCGGAGACAGUGGAAGAGCUUGCAAGAAGUGUUAUGCAUGACCCUGUGCGGAUUGUUAUUGGGGAGAGGAACUCGGCGGCUAGUACGGUGAGCCAGAGAAUGGUCUUUGUUGGAAGCGAAGAAGGCAAACUGCUCGCCAUCCGACAGCUUUUCACAGAGGGCCAGAAAUUUCCUGUUCUUGUAUUUGUACAAAGCAAAGAGCGGUGCAAAGAGCUCCACAAGGAACUUGCACAUGAUGGCAUUCGUGUUGACAGCAUCCAUGCCGAUCGGACGCAAGCACAGAGAGAAGCUGUUCUCGACAACUUCCGUCGUGGGGAGGUUUGGGUUUUGAUUGCAACGGACGUGAUGGCUCGUGGAAUGGACUUCAAAGGCGUCAACACGGUGAUCAACUAUGAUUUUCCUCAGAAUACAGCGGCAUACAUCCACCGGAUAGGGAGAAGCGGUCGAGCAGGAAGAGCAGGGGAGGCUGUAACGUUUUACACGGAAGACGAUGCUGCUAUGCUAAGACCCAUUGCCAACAUCAUCCACGCUUCUGGGAGUGAAGUCCAGCCCUGGAUGCUUGCACUCCCUAAAGAGGUAAAGGAUGAUCCCAUUGCUUGCCCUGCUAAGUGCACAAGGACUCUCAUACAUAUGACCCAAUUAUGCAAACGCUAAAUAGUGAGAUGCUAAAUGGAAUGGGUGGCUCAUUUGGCACACCUAUCAGCUGUUGAAACACAGACCUGAGUUCGAAUUCAGAUGCCGACGUGAUCGCUUUCGCGCGUUUUCAUAAACCCAAGAUUUGUGUUUUUCACGAGCAACACAGGCUCUUAGAGUCUGGACAAAGAAGAAAGAAAAAUCAGAAUGCAUGCACUCGUUCUAUUAAUUUGGCAUUUUACUAUUCAGUGUGCUAUGUUCAAAACAAAGUUUACUUUACUUU